GACAGCAGCCUGUUUUGAAGUUCUCCAGGGAUCCCCCCUUGUAUUCGACUAUGUACCAGGCCAUCAGGGCCACUUUGGCAAUGAAGUUGCUGAUAUUACAGCCAAGCUUGCCUCCAGGGGAUAUACUGUGGGCCAGCUGGUAUGGAAAGAAACCGGCGGCUCUCACCCCCUCGACUGGUGGUCAGCGGGGGCCCCGCGCGUUGAGUGGUGUGGCGUUGCGGCGAGAGCCCUUAUUGGUGAUACAGCCAUGCCCCCCCUUGGUAGUGCUUCCGGUGAAGUUAGGGAUGACCUCGGCAUGACGCCCCAACAAAUGCUUGCCCCGUUCUGCCCGCAGCAGUCUGCGACCACCCCCGAAGGUGGUGCCGGUGAUGGUGCCCUUGCUUUCAGCAUCGCCACCUAUAACGUGCUUUCCCUUAGCGGACGUGCUUUUGAGGACCGUGAUCCGGCUGGACUUGCCUUUUCAGCAGGGCGCCCUGCCCUGUUAGCGGCCAGCCUGGAUAAGGCGGAUAUCCAGGUUGCCGCUAUCCAAGAGGCACGAACAGAGGCCGGAUUUUUGCGAACCUCGGGCUUCCUGCGUUUCUCUUCCGGCAGCGAAGUUGGCUGCUUUGGUGUCGAGCUCUGGUUUAAGGAGGGUUUCCCCCUGCUUCGUAGUGGCGAUGCUGGCCACCAUGCCGCCACCUUCUGCCGAGAAGCAUUCUCUACUGCCCAUAGCGAUAGCACAGAGGCUGACAAGUUACAUGAAUGGUGGGAGCGUACGAUCACUUUGCUGAAACAUGCUGCAACCCGUGCCCCGCUAGUCUUGGGGGGCGACUUCAAUGCUGCCGUGGGCUCCCAGUGCUGCAGCAGGAUCGGGGACUGCUGGCCUGAGGAACAAGAUGUUGCUGGCGCCUUCCUUGCCGAGCUUGUCAUAACCUGCCAAUGCUGGUUGCCCUCAACUUGGGGCCACCUCCACUCGGGCCAAUCAUGGACCUAUGUGCAAAAGCGAAAUAAUGCACUCCAGCUCCGGCUCGCCGGUGGCUGCUUAGGCACUAGGAAGCCAGCUCGCAUCGAUGCACAUGCGCUAGUCGAUCGCAACAACCGCCCUAAGCUACAGGCUAUUGUGGACAAGGCCCCUCGUGCCCCUUGGAAUGCGUCUGCUGAUGCCCAUGCAGCACAGCUUGUGGGAUACCUCCAGGGGGCUCUAGCUGAGGCUUUUCCUAAGCCUAAGCAACGAAAGCGAAGAGACUACCUCACUGAUGACACAUGGGCACUCUAUGCGCAGGUCGCUGCUUUGCGCCACCGAUGUGCCCGGUUACGGGCAUACACGCAGUACCAUCUCCUUGCUGCGGCCUUCCGUGCCUGGUCGACCCGCGGCGCCGAGGCUUUUGAAAAUGCCCUUGCGUCGCCUUGGGCCCUCGACGCCUCCGUUCAAGGCCAGCGGCACAGGGAUGUGCAGGCCAACACCCCGGGAUCCUUUCAGGCUUUAAACCGGCUUCUAAGUCUCAAGCAAAAGAAACCUUUCGCACCCGAAGUGCUGCCGGAAGUCCUCGACGCUGACGGCCGGGUCUGUGAAACCCCCGCCGAGGCCACGCAGCGGUGGCGAACUUACUUCGGCGACAUGGAGUCCGGUGUGCAGAAGGAUGCCGAUUGUGUCUAUCAGGUGGUGGCUGCCCGUCAAGGUCUGGCCUGGCCCCUGCCCGAAGAUGUCACCGAGAUACCCGGGCCCGCUGAGUUGUGCAAGGCCAUGGCGCACACGCAGCUCAAUAAGGCCAGCGGCCCAGAUGGCAUUCCCGGGGAAGCCUUUAAAGCCAUGCCUGCCGCCCUUUCCUCCCUGGUUCUGCCCCUUGUGCUGAAGCUAGGCCUCUCGGGCGAAGAGGCUGCUGGGUUGAAAGGAGCCCUCCUUACCUGGCUCUACAAGUUCAAGGGUGCGAGAAACCUUUGUACUUCGUACAGAGCAAUUAUGCUUCUGCCGACUCUAACUAAAGUCAUCCACCGCUCGUUUCGCCCACGCCUGUACAAACAUGUUGUAACGCACGCCCCCCCUCUGCUGUUGGGAGGGCGCAAAGGAGCGUCAGCGGUUUUUGGGAGUCAUCUUACCAGAGCCUUCGCGCAGUGGUGCUCUGAACAAAAGCAGCCCGCCUGCAUCCUGUAUGCAGACGUUGCCUCCGCAUAUUAUAAUUCCGUCCGUGAUCUCACAGCCCAGCGCUUGGAUGUUGAUGGACGCCCUGUUGAUUCUCUUGCCAUUGCAAAUCUUCCUGCUGACGACAACGUUGCCGACACGUUGGCCUCAGGCAGUGCUUUUCGCUCUAAAGGGGCCUCUCCUUGGCUCGAAUCAUUAGCCGCGGAAAUGCAUCGUGGGUCCUGGUUUGCGUUACGAGGAGACCACAUUCCUGUGGUCACCCACCGUGGCUCGAGGCCCGGAUCAUCGCUCGCAGACAUCAUGUAUAGCGCUGGAGUCGGCUGCAUCAUUGCAAAGAGAGACUCCCUUCGUACUGCUGAUCCCAAUGCUGGCCGAGUUCCUUGUAUCCCGUGGGACGGCAGACGGGAUGUUUCUCCCGCUGGUGCUCCUACACAAUGGCCAAGCCUGAGCGAUGUCAUUUGGGCGGACGACCUUGCCGCUUGCUUUCUGCUGUCUGACUCUGCCCGUGCCGCACACCAGGUCGGUCUUGAGGCUUCCUUUCUGGACGAGGCCUUUGGUUGCCAUGGGUAUACGCUCACCUACGGCGCCUCCAAAACCGCUGCAAUGGUUCUCCUUGGGGGCCGUGGGUCCAAGGCUGCCAAGCGAGCCCUCUUCAGCCAUGCUGGGGCAGUCACGGUUCUUAGGGAGCACCACCCUGCUGCACCACUUCCCCUGGUGGCGCAAUAUAAGUGUGCCUCGGCCUGGGCGGCUUUCCGGCAAGGCGCACUGCUACGUGCUAUGGUGCUCCCAAGGCUUCUCUUCGGGGCUGAUCAACACAUCACGGGGGCCACAAUGUGCGCGCUCCUCCACCUGCCCGACCCAGCCACAGUGCUUCGCGUGGAGGAUGCUAUGGCGUGGCUGCACCGGCGGCUGUCAGCCACGAUCCCCCUCGGGGACCCUGCCUGUGAGUGGCACGCUUGGGCUGCUUGCCACCGCUUCCUCUCCCAUUUCUGCCCCGGGGCAGGCGAUGCCUCCUACUCGGAGAGGUGCACGGGUAUCGUACUCGUGCCACCGAGACGACCCGUGGAUGUCAGCAG